AUGACUAGUCUAUUACAAUUGUCUAAUAUAUUACUAUUACAUAUUAUAUCAGAUGUUGAUAAUAAUGGAGAUAUAGUAUGUUUAUUGUUAACAUGUAAAAAGUUGUAUAGUAAUAGUGGUUUAAGAAGAUCGAUUCAGUUUAAAGGAAUAGAAGCUAUCACCGACGAUGGGUAUACUUCAAGACAGUUUAUAGCAACAGCUACUCGAUUCAAACUGAACUCUUUUAAAGAUAUUUUGGAGAAUAGUAUAUCGAAUCAUCAGAGAAUGCCAUCUUUUCUAUUCGAUCGAUUAAAUUAUUCAAAAUGGAUACAACAACGCAUCACUCUGGAUAGAGUUGAUAAAAGUAGUAUUAAAACUGUGUUGGCAAACUAUGCACAUACAUAUGCAUAUCAAAUGCUAAUAGACUCACUCUCCUCGAUACCAUCAAUCGAGACACUACUCAUCAACCACCAAAACGAUACAAACUUGAGUCUUGACUCCAUUUCCCGAUUACCCAAUCUACAACGACUUUUAGUACGUGCAGAAUAUUUUAAACUUGGUCCUCACACAACACUCAAGUCUUUGACACUCGACAUCGAAAACUCAUACAAUCUAAUUGGCUUGGGUCUCGACAAAUUCGUGUCACUGACAGAGCUGACCUUUAAAAGUUAUUUUGCAAUAGGAAUAGAACCAGGUCUAUUGCCAAGCAGUCUGACAUUUCUCUCUCUAAAAUUAAAAGAUGAUCUUCCUCCACGAAAUACAUUCCUUUCAUUGACAUCAUUGGUGACCCUCAUAAUCGAUCUUGAUAAGGGUGCAUUGGAAGGGGAUUUGGGGGAACAAUUCAUCGAUCUCGAGUCUCUCAUCAAUCUAAAGACACUCACUCUCACAGACAACAACGAUCCAGAAGAGGAACCGAUGUUCAUCAUCAAGGUUAGUGUACCUCCCUGUCUCAGUACUCUUACUCAUUUGUCCACAUCUGUACAACUCGAACCUAGAUGCACAAUGCCAUUAUUGGAGCGGUUGAAUGUCAGACAAUGCUUAUUGAUUGAUGAAAAAAUAAGUAUAUUAUCAUGCCAAUCGAUAAAGAAACUGGUUAUUCACGAUUGCUUCAACCCCAUGCCAUCCAAUUUCAUUAUCCCAUCGACUGUCAAAAGACUGGAAAUUUAUAAAUACAUUGAAGAAUCUAUACUUGGACGAGUAGUAUUACCACCAUCACUCACUUCUCUGUCCCUCCUCGGUGACUACUAUGAACCUGUCAAAAUCCCAGACUCGAUUGUCAAACUAAAACAAACAGGCCAAGAUGAAUCAUUAGUAUUACUUCCUCAACAAUUAAAGAAACUAGUUUGGGAACAAGAUUGCCAUAGAACCAAAAUGACAAAUCCAUCAUCCUACCCACCUAAUAUUGAAACACUAAACUUUAUCAGUAUCAAAGGCGACUUUACAAUUGAUAAUAUACCACCAUCCAUCAAAUAUCUAUCAAUGUCAGUGAGCAGAACUAAAAAUGCCACAAAUGGUCCUCAAACCUUUUCAAUCAGCUCUAGACUAUCAAGCACCAUCACUUCCCAACAACAACCAUGGUUACCACACAAUACAACUCAUCUAACUUGUGGACUUUGGGAAAGGUAUCAAUCAGUCGGAGGGUCAUUUAAAUUGGAUGAAGUGAUCAACCAUACCAAUGUUAGAUAUCUAACUAUCAUUAUUUCUUCGACACCAUUUCAAUUUUCAAUUCAAAGAUUAGACCCAAACAACAACAAUGUAUUGGUAUUGGAAACACAAACACUUCAAGGUGGAAUAAUCACACAGCAAAGAAAAUCAAUCAACAGCACCCAACAACAACAAUAUCAUCAUCACCAAUAUGAGAGUAUUUAUUUACAUUUUGAUGUUGACUUGUACGAUCCAUUUAAAUUGUAUUGGAGUUUCCAAGGAAAAAAAGUUGUCUUUCCAACAACAACAAAAACAACCACAAAGAUUAGACGCAGACAAUCUAAAUGUAUUGGUAUUUCAAACACAGACACUUAA